GAAAACAACGUUUGACGACAGGUGUGCUACGGCAGCGCAUAUGAAUGGGAGCAUUCCACUGCGCCUUUUAUAUAGCGAUUUUUAGAUAUGGUAUGAUCUGUAGCUUAAUGCGGCCCGCAUUUUGAAUUCUCUCCUUGCGAGAUCUUUUAAAGUUUAAUCCGUAGACAGACUGAUGGUUAGUGACAAGCACAAUAACAUUACCGGGAAAGACAAGGGAGACUGAAAUGGUCAUUUCAGGCUUAUUAGCCGUCGUUAGCCAGUCAUGUCCAACCCUGAAGUGUGGAACACCUGGGGGCCCGAUCCCACGACCCGUUGGUUAGAGGUGCCACACCCUAAACCAAUGAGCCACAUGCUCGUUGUCCUGGGUAUGACUGGCUGACAACAGCUAAUAAGCCAGAAAUGACCAUUCCAGUCUUCCUAGUCUUUGUCGGCGAUGUUAUUCUGCCUAUAGUACGCGCCGCUCUGAGGCUGCUAGUUGGGCUCGCGAGAGAGCUCCAAGGCACAACGGGACCAGUAAGUUCCGUAAGACGAUCGGUGAACGCCCUCCUACCAGUGGAAUGCGUGUCAUUCGCAUUAUUAAUAUGCUUGUUCUACUAAAAUUAUAUCAAUAAUAUGUCUGUAACAAGAUUAUUUGAAUAGCCACACGCAUCGUUAAAUAGUAUGCUCAAAAUAGGGUUAUAAAAUGCAAUAAAUAGUAUCAUUAAACCAUACUGAAUAUGUAGAAAAGAUUAACUGGUGGUUUGUUAUCCAACCUGAAGGUGGUCGAAGGCCUUCAAGCUGGCAGAAUCGCGUCGACGAAAGGCUGCUAGGCGAUACCCACACAGGCAAAGUCUGCCCCUACAGCCCGAACUACUCUUGUUCCCUCGAGUCCACGCCUGGAUACGCCACGCCCUCCCCUGUCUCUCUCGGCGCCAUAAUCACCCGCUCCCGUAACAGGAGUGAAUGUCAUAGGCCCCUGCGCUCUUCCCCAGCCCUCGGGUCACAUCGCCUGGAGGUCCCCUCUCUCCCCGGCCAGUACAAAGACUUCUGGGUUGGUAAGACUCGCCCUCACCAGGCUACAGCGCCAACUAGACGCGAGCAUCAGAAGGCCUCUGACAACGAGGUGCAGGAAACCCAGCGCUCGGUGAUCACUCAGACCUGCGGACUGACCCAGGAACAGCAUCAUACUCAGAAUUCACAUCCCACCUGGCUGCGCCCAGAACCCCUCGGCGGCAGUGGUAUGGAGUCACGGCCGUUUGGCGCUUCCUUUGACGAGAGCGAUAGCCCGCCGUUGCGCAGGUACCUCCAACGGAAUGGUAGUCUUCGCCUGAGACCGUCCCACGCUGUUGACAGGCCACUGCUGCCCAAUAUGAGCUACGCGGAAAGAUUUGCUCAUUCCUCGGGGCCAUCACUAUUUGUCGAUUGA